GGCGAUUAGGGUUUGGAGUCUGCGUCUGCUCCGUUGCUCCCCCCGCCCCCUCGCGCAGUCCCUGCAGCUCUGCGCCCAUCGUUAUGUAGACCUUGCCCGAUACUGCCCUAGAAUUUUGUACUCCUGGGCGGAGAAACAUUCUCAUUUGCUUUUGCUGUAUCAACACAAAACAAAAAGCGAAGUUGUGUGGAGCCUCGGAGGUCUGUCGUUGCCCGCGCAGUCUGAAGUAAGCGUGGGAGCUCCAGGACUUUCUCUGGACUACUUGGGAAGUUUGAAUUGCAUAUAUGUUCACGUUUCGUCAAAGUUUGGUUCAUUAGUACUGGAGAAGCAGCGACGCUCGAGGCAGUUUGAGUUCGACUGCAGCAAUCUUUAUCGGUCUAGUCAGCGACGAUUGACAUAACCAAGGUGAAGCGCAUCCUCAAAGAGGGGGUACAACCUGUUAAGAUGCCGGGCAGAGAGGACCGGCUGUCCAUCACUUAUUUUGCAGCUGAUAUUCCAGAGGUGCUGCCAGAGUAUGUGGCUUCGAACAACAAAUGCUAUCCCCGGGUUGGUCUGGAACCUGCAGGUAUGUGCUUCCACGAAGCGGCGAAACGCACUGUAGGUGUGAAUACGAAACCUGCGGAAGAGGAGGAGGAGGUGGUGCCUGAUACGAAGGAUAAAGAGAGCGACUCUCCCUCGGCAGAUUCUUACGGAUUCAAAGGAAAAAAAUCGGGUGACGGCGCUGAAAAUCAGGACCAUUAUGCCCUACUUGGUCUGAGCCAUCUAAGGUUUCUAGCUACCGAAGAUCAGAUUAGGAAGAGUUAUAGAGAGGCCGCGUUGAAACAUCAUCCUGACAAGCAUGCCGCUCUGCUUCUGACUGAAGAGACUGAGGAGAAGAAGGAAAUCAAGAAGGAUGAGAUCGACCAACACUUCAAAGCGAUUCAAUUGGCAUACGAGGUUCUAAUUGAUCCCGUGAAGCGACGAGCUUAUGAUUCGACUGACGAGUUCGAUGACGAGGUUCCCAGCGAUUGUGCCCCUGGGGAUUUUUUCAAGGUAUUCGGGUCUGUCUUUGCUCGGAAUGCUCGGUGGUCUACGAUUCAGCCGGUUCCCUUCCUCGGCGACAAUGACACCGACAUGGCUAGCGUGGAUAGUUUCUACGAUUUUUGGUGGAGCUUCAAAAGUUGGAGGGAGUUCCCCCACGCUGACGACUUCGAUCUGGAGGAGGCCGAGAGUCGUGAGCACAAGCGGUGGAUGGAGAGGCAGAAUGCAAAGCUCCGAGAGAAAGCAAGGAAGGAAGAGAAUGCUCGUAUCAGGCUGUUGACAGAUAACGCGUAUAAGAAGGACCCCAGGAUCAUAGCCAGGAAAGAGAUGGAGAAAGCUGAGAAGCUGCGGAAGAAGCAAGCGAAAUCUCAGGCGAGACGCGAGAAAGAAGAGGAGGCGGCACGGGCGCUGGAGGAAGAGAGAUUACGGAAAGAGGAGGAAGACAGGAAAGCCGCGGAGGAGGCUUCUGCCCUAAAGAAGCUUAAGGAGAAGGAGAAGAAGUUGUUGAGAAGGGAGAAGGCUAGGUUACGGGGCUUGACAGCAAGCGCGGUGGCGAAGGGAUGCGGGAUUUCCGAUUCUGAUGUGGAUAUGUUUUGCACUUCAUUGGAGAUAUCUCGUUUGCGAGGGCUGUGCGAGAAGCUGGAGGGAAUGGGGGAUGUAGAGGAACAAGUGGAGUAUCUGAGAAAGGUUAUAAGCGGGGAAGAGAUGAUUAUUUCCUCGGACUCAGCUGCCACUGGGACUCCCACUCGAGUGAAUUCUAGUCCAUCCAUGUGCACCUUGGACGCGACCCCAUCAAAGACGCAUGCCAAGAAGACUUCGGAGAGAGUUGCAGAGAAGGUCAAGAGAACAUCUACUCCUGUGACCGAGGAGAGGCCCUGGUCAAAGCAAGAGGUGGACCUUUUAAGGAAAGCCGUGCAGAAGUUUCCAAAAGGGACCUCGCAGCGUUGGGAAGUGAUUGCAAAUUACAUGCGUUCGAGUCGAUCGGCCGAUGAGAUCGUGAAAGCCGUGAAGACUGUACUCGUGCAGAAACCGAACUCUUCGAAAGCUUUUGACUCAUCCCUGCAGAAGAACACGGGAAAUGUGGUCACAGACUCUCCUCUUUUGACGAAGGAGAAUGAAGGAGGCUACCCUCAAACGUGUAAUGGCACAGCGGGAGGUGAAAAGAGUCAGGAAAACGGUGCGAGCGGGAGGAGGCGCGAAAACGGGGCAGAGCUGAAGAACGUUACUCCGGGGAUUGCCCAAAGCGAUGGAACGGUCCCAAACGGAGGCCCUGCGGAAGGAGAGGAGUGGUCGGAGGCACAAGAAGUGGCUUUGGUUAAUGCCAUCAAGGCUUUUCCAAAAGACACAGUGAACAGGUGGGACAGAAUUGCAACUUCCGUUCCUGGGAAGAGCAAGGCUCAAUGCCUCAAGAAGUUCGCGGGGUUGAGAGACAGUUUCAGGAGCUCGAAGAAGGUUUAAUGAUGUACGGUGGCUGCGAUCUCGUGCACUUAUUGAACCGCAUACUCACGGGCUAGAAAAAGACUUGCAAGGAUUUUUACUUCGGGUGUUUGAUUGAAGUUGCAGGAGUCGCAUCGACGAAGACUUAAGAGUGUGCAAUUAUUCUUUGUGGAGCGGAUCAUACAAUGAAAACAGUUACAUUCAUCAUCUUUUAAGGACGAUGAUGCAGUUUCCACUCUUUGUACUUGGUGGCGAGAUUACUUUUCUUACGAAGAAAUGUGUAGUUUAAGAGAGCUGAUAAUUUUGUUAGGUGUUAGGUUACUUUCAAUUCAUUAGGAUGGAAGCGCUGAGAGCGUGUCGAAGCAAUCAUCAUGAGAUGAACGGUGUCCUUGAAAUUUGACAUCAGGCGUUGAUCUAGGUGGAAUGGCUGCUGUCUUUGUCUUCUGGGACUUGAUGCGGGACCGUCUUUUGCCUAUUAGUGCAUCAUUACUGAGAUGAUACCCGGUUCAUAGGUAGAAUGGAAAGGACAAGGAUUUAGGAUAGGGUUCCAACCCUGAGCUAUUAGGAGAGUGACACUGCGGAAGAGGUUAACAAGGGAUGUUGAGAUUGGAGAAUAGAUGUGCUUGUAAUGACUAGUGGACCUGAAUGAACCACUACUUGUCGGGAGUGCGCAUCUUAUCCCAGUUUUGAUAAGAGUUGUUCAUUAUGUUGCGUUAACUGAAUUGCUUGUGAAGCUUUUGACUUUUGGGUCA